GUUCAACGAUUGUUUUAUAACAUAUAUAAAUUUAGUUGUCACGGAUGAAUUGUUUAUCUUAGUUUAAAGGAUAUUUAACUGUAAAUUAUUGUGCCAUUGCACGACGAAAUGGUGUUUUGGGGUAUCUAGGCAAGAAAAAAUUAUUUUCAAAGUUCUACUUCGUAGAAUUUUUAUUAACCAUGGCAACGGUGGAAUAUGAUCUGGAUACUUCUGGUGGACUUAUGGAGCAAAUUCAAAAACUUGUGGCUCCACCAGUAAGUGAUGAAGUUCUUCGUCGUCAGAGACGAAAAGAACGAGAGAAUAGGAGACAAGGACGAACAGUAAACCAUGAUAGCUGUGACAGUUGUAAAGAGGGUGGAGAUUUAUUGUGCUGUGAUUGGUGUCCUGCAGCUUUCCAUUUACAGUGCCAUGAUCCCCCAUUAGAGGAAGAUGAUGUUCCUCCUGGAGAAUGGCGAUGCCACAGAUGUAAAGUUGUUCCCCCUAAACCAGAGCAACCAAAGGAAAAGGAUGAUGAUGCCUCCUCCACAAAAAGCAAUAGCAGCAAUGCAAGUAGAGGGAAAUCUCGGCCUCAGCCGCCGAUUCCUGCCCUAGAGGAAAUUGUAAUGGAAGCUGCUAGUACAGAGAACCUCACUCCACUUCAGAAACUAGCCAGAGCAGCUCAGCUGAUGAACCCUGUACAGUUUGAUUUACCCAAGGACAUAGCAUGCACUACACCUUUACCAGGAUCAAGUAAAAGAAAAUGGUGGGGUAAAGAUAGAAACCCGAACAAGAAGUUUGCUCAUGAAUUGGAUAAUGGGCUAGUGCCUAUACCAGCAAAGAUAUGCUUCUACUGUAGCAAGAGCUGUCGUGUAGGAGCACUCAUCCAGUGUGAUUUUUGUCCUCUUCUGUACCACAUGGACUGUCUCAAUCCUCCCCUGACAUCUCUCCCAACCAACCGCUGGAUGUGUCCGAACCACCCAGAGAAUAUCAUUGAUGAGUAUUUGUUGAAAAGUGUUAGUCUGACUGAACGCAUCAAACUGUGGAACAAGUUUAAAAGCCGUGUCAACCAACACACAGUCAAGCUGAACUUCCUGAAUAAAAUGCACCGAGAAAGUCCACCAUUCAGGAUCAAAGUGAAGCAUUCGAAACGCAAGUCAUUGGCGAUUCCUGAAGCAAUCAAACUCCAUUAUCAAAACCCCCCACCUAUGCUUCCCUGUGUGACUGACCCUGGUACCACAUCAGCCACUGAGACCGACGAGAAGGCAGAGCGAGUGUCAGAAACCACACUGGAGGAUCAAGAAGAGUGGUUGUCUGCAGUUGUGUCUUUACAAACCAGUAUAGCAAGACAUUUAGCUCAAAAGCAGAUUCAGAUGUCCUCAACAGAGUCUGGAAAAUCUGAAGUGAAUGUGAAAUCAGAAAAACCCACAGCAUCCGUUCAACCUGUGAUUCAAAGCAGUGACUCUCAGCAAAAUGAAGGUGGUUCAUGUGAUUCUAAAGUGACUAGUAUGGAGGUGGAUAAACCUCCCAACGGACCUCUCUCAGACUCUUUAUCUAAUGGUCCUCUUGAAGGAAACAGAGGAGGAGCUAUCUCCUUGCUACAUCCUCCUAGCACAUCACAAAACUCUGUAAACGGUGAAAUUGGGGAAUCCAGUAAAAGUAAACCAGAAACUGUUUUAAUCAAAUCCAGGAGUAAAAGUGUGGAUGGAUCUCCAGCAAACAUUGUGCGAGUGAACUGGGCAUCCGUGGACAAACAGGCUUCAUCGGGGGCCUCCACUUCUACUACUCCCUCUGGUAAAAACAUUGUUAUUAGUGCUAUCAAUAAAGCCAACAACACUGUAGUCACAAAAGUCCUUGGUCCCACUCAGGGCAACAAACUGAUAGCAAACAAUGUGGCAGCAAACAGUGGUGGAAACUCCACCUCCAUUUUGUCUCCGCGUGUGUCGGGACAGUCGGCAAUUAAAGUGGCAAGUGUGCAGGGCAGGACAAGCACUGUUGGCUCAACUGCCAAAGUCAUCACAGUCUCCACUCCAACCUCUGGUAAAAUUGGAGUCACAUCCAGUAGCAAUAUCACGAUCUCAGGUGGCAAGCAGUCUUCAACCGCUAGCAGCCAGAACUCCUCCAAUGCCAUUGUCUCCCUCAAUAAUUCCCUCCAGCAGUGUCUUGAGGGCUCAGGAGAUAUGGAGCUGAGCAAGCUGGAUGAGAAAUUGAUCCAGAUCCUUGCCUGGCAGAGACUGCAGCAGUUACUUCCCUCCAAAGCCAACUCCCCACAGACACCGAACAAGAAAGGUGUGCUCAACGGACUGCUCAAUCAAGCAGGUAGCACAGAGGUCAAAGCCAGAGCUGUUUUGUGUCCUUUGACCAGCAAAGGUCAGCCGAUAUCCAUGUGUUACAGAACCCUUAACAUUGGAACAGGAGCUGACAUGGAUGUUUGUUUGACCCAGUUUGGACACUGCAAUUUUAUCUCUCCAAAACAUGCAUAUAUAUUUUAUGAUGAGACAACAAAACACUAUGAGUUACUGAACUACAGUGAGCAUGGAACAACAGUGGACAAUGUCCUGUACUCGUGUGAUUUCAGUGAUAAACCCGCCUCCACUCCACAGCCUACGUCUGUUGUCGCAGCAGUCCGCAAAAUCAUUAAAAACAAGAAAGUGGAAAAGCCCACAGAGUCAGAGAUAAAGGAAGAGCAACGCUUGACAAUGAGUGGGAAAGCCAAUGAGAUGAAAAAACCAUGCAACUGCAAAGCCAGCAGCUCUAGUCUGAUUGGAGGGAGUGGUGCAGGAUGGGAAGGAACAGCACUAUUGCAUCAUGGGAGUUAUAUAAAAGUUGGAUGUCUACAGUUUGUGUUUAGUAUUGUGGACCAUGCAACAAGUUCAAUGGGACAGGACAGAAAGAAAGAACCCAUGUCUUUACUUAAGUCGACGUUAAGAGCAUCAGCCCCUUAGUUGAUGAAUUGUGAUCUGUAUUGAAUUUUAAUUCAUUGUUUAUUGAGUAUUAAAUGAGAAAUUAUUGUCUUAAUUUAACAUUUUUUUAAGAAGAGGUUGUAAACUGAUUUCAGUGGGCUUUUUCUGAUGUUAAGUGUUCAGAAUUUGGCCAGUAAGUUUAAGUUGUUGAGGGAAUUUUAAUGGAAAAUGAGUUUAUAGGAGAAACACUUUAUACAUGUAAAACUAACACAUGUAACAAAUUAGUUAGUAGAAAAUAAUAGAUGGUUGUUUUUUUUUGUUAUUAAAUCAGAUAAUUAUUGAUGAAGCAUAUUUCUUUGUAUAAGUCAUCAUGAUACAAACUCUAUUUAGAGAUAGAUGGCUGGUGGGUUGUAUUGUAAAUUCAUAAUUUUAAAAAAAUGACAGCUAUGAAUCUGAAUCAAACCAAAUACUUAUCUUUUAGAAAUUUUGUCAAAUCUACAGAAUGAGGAGACAAAUUAAAAACAUUUGUGUAUAUGAAUAUGAGAAAUUAAAAUUAGAAAGACUGAUGUUAAAAUCAACAUUAGACCUUCCAUUAAAGAACCAUCAUCUUGAGGGCAGCUGUAGAACCCAUUUCUCUGUAUUUAUUGUUCAUUGGGAAAACACUCAGGGUUGUCAUUAUACAGGUCCUUUGAGCUGAAAUUUAUUUAGUAUCAUCAUUUCCUGCAAAUUUAAUUAAAGGUGAUGCACAUUUGCAUUGUGCAAUAUAUUUUUUCUUUGUGUAUGAAUCUUCCCCUUGGAUAUUACAUGUAGUAUUUACCAUGCAAACACGAAACCAGAAACUUGUUAUAAGGUAGUUUUCUUGAGUAUAGAGUGUUGAUUUUCAGGAUUGUUAUAAACUUUGAAGCUUAACUGCUGACCAAAUAUCAACCUAGGAGCAUGAAUGUCCAGAUACAUGUAUCUCAAGUUCAGUCCUUAUGAAAUUGUUACAGCCACUGUUUAAGGUUUUAUUAAUUUUGUUUUUGAAUUUCAGUAAAAUUAAUUUAUUGCAAUUUAUACAAUGCAUUGUUUGUCUGUUACUGUUUGCAUUCAAUGCAGUUAUGUGUGGUACAAGAGAUUUUUAAUUGUCAAGUGUACAGUCUCAAAGGUAAAUCUUUGGAACAUAUUUUAACCAAACUGUAACGAUAAUGUACAUUUCAAGCCCGACACAUUGUAUAUAUUAUAUCAUGACUAACAUAUUUAUGCAUGUUGGAAGCAAAAUCAUGUUCAUGAAAUGUAAACACUAAAACAGGAUUCUAUUUCAUAUUUUUAGUCAUUAUGCAUAUUUUAGAUGAUAAGCAUGGUUACAAUAAAUCAUGUCAAAUAUAAAACAGUC